AUGGAAACGGCCACUGUUUUGAAGCAAAACGAAACAUCAGAAUACGAUUCGGUGUUGACAGUGCAUUUCAAAAACACAAUCGGUAAGGGUUCGUUCGGCCAAGUCAAAUAUUGUGUGGCCAAAAUAAAGAAUCAUCUUGUCGGUUUCGCGGUGAAAAUCCUUAGAGAACGAUCGGCCGUGUAUCAAGAUAACAGAUGGCUGAUCGAUAAUGAAGUUUCCGUUGCGACUAGAGUCCAACAUCCAAACCUAAUAACUUUUUUUUUUAACGUCAAAUACCACCGUUCCGUCUACAUAUACAUGGAAUACUGCAAACAUGGUGACAUGAAACAAAUAAUUCGUAAGUACGGCCCUUACGUGGAACCCGACGCCCGUUUACUGUUCGCUCAGAUUGUUGCGGCUAUCGAGUAUCUCCAUGGACAAGACAUAGCACACAGGGACCUUAAACCGGAAAACGUGUUACUCAACCAUCGAAAUCAAGUGAAAGUUUCCGAUUUCGGAUUAGCCGAUUAUUUUCGAGAUCCGAUCAGUAACAGGCGAAUACUGUCGUACUCUCGUUGUGGCACGAAGACGUUCAUGCCGCCCGAGGUAUUGAAGUCCACCAGCCGCGGAUACAACGCAAUGUUCUUUGACAUUUGGUCUUUAGGAGGUGUCUUACAUUACAUGUUGACCGGUAAGAUACCAUUCGACGGUCGUACUACUAAAGUGAUGCUCGCACAACAAACAUCAGGUGACAUCGUCCUUUCUCGGUCUGAAUACGAAAAAACGGUUUCUGAUCAUGCCAAGCGACUCAUAUGGCUUAUGCUCGAACCAGACAUACUUAAACGAGCUCGCAUAUCUGUCAUCAAACAAUCGGAGUGGAUGACCAGUGACAGUCAUACGUUUCCAGCUAAGUAUUGA